AUGUCAACAACUGAUAAAAAUUUGACAGAUAACCAUAGUACUGCUACUAGUGAAUCACAUGAUGAUGAAACAAUGAGCCAUAGCUCAGAAGAGAAUGAAGCAGAAGAGGAAAAAGAAACUUCAGAAAAAGAUGAAGAAAUGAAACAAGAAGCAAAAACUAAUGUCGAGGUAAAAGAUGAAGACAAAGAAUCUAACAAGGAAAAGACGAUAACCUCUGAUCCAUUUACCAAGUUUGGUGGUAAUGGUAAGGAAGAUGAUUGGGGGGAAUUUGCUGAAGAUGAUAAUAGUCAGCAGAAGACAAAAGUUGAUGUUAAAACUAAAGAUACAGAAAGUGAAAAUGGUAAAUCAAAAUAUACAUUUGGCGCUUCUUCUGGGUUUGGUUCAAAAGGUUGGGCUGCAGCAAACCAAACAGUGCCUAUUUCUUCAAAGCCAUUAUUUGGUGGAUUUGGUAAUACAUCUAGUUUUGGAUUUAAAUCGUUAGGAAGUACAACGACAACGACAACAACGACAACAACUAACGCUUUCACUUCAACAAAUGAUAAUUUGUCAGAUAAAAAGACUUCAACUCCUUCAUGGGGUUCAUUUGUUAAUGCUACUGCUUCACCAUUUGCUGCUAUUGCUGCUUCCGCUGGUAAUGCUUUAGCUUCUUCACCUGCAGAUAAAUCAGAUUCUACUUCUAAAAAUGCAAAUAUUACUGUCUCAAAUAUGAAUACAAAUACUGAAAAACAAACAGAAUUGGAUGGUGAAAAAGAUGAAACAAGUGCAUCCAUUAGUACAUUUGGAGAAGGGCCUAAAGUUAAAGUUCCUGGUAUUAAGCAACAAACAAAAGUUAAAACUGGUGAAGAAGAUGAAGAUACGGUUUAUCAAACAAGAGCCAAAUUAUUUACAUUGGAUACAGCUUCUGGCAAUUGGAAAGAACGUGGGGUUGGUAUAUUCCGUAUUAAUGUGAAAGACGAAGAUGAAGAAAAGGGAAUGCAAGCACGUCUUGUGAUGCGUACAGAUUCAGUUUACAGACUUAUUUUAAAUCUUUUACUUUUUGAAGGCAUGAAAGUAUUUAUUAUGCAAGAUAAAUUUGUUAGAUUUGCUGGAUUCGAGUCAGAAACAAAGGAAGACGUAUUUACCCUUUUCUUGUAUAAACUAAAAAUGGAAAAGGCAAGGAAAGGCGUCAAGCCUAUUAAAUUUCCAAAGCCUUUAUUUGCUUCUUGGAAGAAUAUCAUUGAUGAGUACACGACAACUCAUGCAAACAUUAAGCUUAUUUCAGUUGUUACUGUUCUUCAAAAACUUAUUACUCUUGAAGAUGCUACUUAUGACCGACAAGCUGCUUGCAUUAAAGAGGCUGUUAAAUUAAUGCAAAUGCAUGUCAACUCGAUUGAGAAAUUGCAGCCAGUAGAAUUAGAACAGAUCAAAACACUUGUUGAACCCAUUGCUUCUUUAGGUUAUUUUGCUGCAUGUGAAAAUUUGUCUAGACGAGCUUUUAUUCCCCUUAUUGAAGCAUCUAUCAAAUGUUCAGGCGAAUCAAAAGAUAUUCAAUUCAGACAUUAUUAUAUGCAAUAUACCACGAUCGAUGCUGAAUCUUUAUUUAAUAAAAAAUCGUUAGCUGAAAAAGCAUUGACGAUUUAUGCUACACUCAAGUUUCCACUAGGUCAUGAUAUGAUUGUCGAAACAUAUCAACAUACACUUCAGUUUCUUGUAAGUGGACUUGAAGACGCUCAGCGUCAAAUUAAAUCAGAAACUGCUGCUGUCAACCUUAGUAACACAAAUCAACUUAUGAAUGAUAUUCAAUUCACUAUUAAAACAUUACUUGUCUUAUUCUCUCGUCAACUUCAAGUUGCAAUUGACUUAUUUUCAAGGUUAGAAUCAAAUGAAAAUCAAGAAGAUGACGCGGAUAUUAUUCUUUUAAGUCGUGCUAUGCGAAUGCUGUUAAAUAUAUGUGUAGAUACAUCAACAUUUAUUAAAGAAUGCAAUCAGGUAGCUGGUAUGGCUAUAGGUGCUAUUAUCAAUUUAGCUAAUAGCCCUGAAUUUGCUCGUGAUUGGGUUCUUGGUUGGUUUUUUACGAAAAAGGAAUUUGUGACUAGUGCAGCUGUGGAGCAAAUGAGUCGUAUCUUUGAUGUCAGUUGCCCUUAUGAAAAGCUUACCAGCUUAGAAAGCUGGAACAGUCGUGAUGCACCCAUCAUUUUUAUAUUAAGAGGUUUGGUUUCUAGUCUUCGAAAAGAAAUUGUUACAUUAGAUUUGCCAAGUCAAAUAGUUUUAAAUCCUGCAAUUGAAAAAUUCUUAGCAAAAAAUAUUCAUGAAAUUCUCUUUAUAUGCAUUAAUUUGUUCUGUGGAAGAGCUGACCUGGAUGCUUCUUGCAAAGUUAUUGCUUUCGAAUCAAUGGCAACAUGGCUUCAACAGACUAAAGAAAUGAUGGAAAAAUAUAAUACAAAAGAAUUAAUGGAUGCUGUCUCUGGGCCUAUUGAGUCUAAUAAUAUGAAUAUACUUAUUCAAUACGUUUGGGAUCAUUGGGAUGAUCCUAUUGACUCUAUCCAACACAAAGUACGUGCUAUCUUUGAAUUAUCGCUUUCUACACUUCAGAUAAAGACUACCUUUUAUCAACAAGAUAUGGUAUAUAGUCAAUUUAUUGACACGCUUCUAAAAAAUUUAUUGGCCAUGGACUGGCACCGAAAAGUAAAAUAUUCUCUUUUAAAUAUGCUUGUUGAAAAAGUACAUACAGACGCAUUUUUGAAAGCAGAACCUCAAUUGAUGCAAAAAUGUAUGUUAGCUAUGGAUAGUUUUAUCCUUUGUCCUCAGAUUACAUACUUUAUUCUUGCAUUUUUGUAUCGUCGUAUUCAAGAUACAAUUCCUCACCAUAAGGAUUUUAAGGGUCAUAAUGGUAAAAUCAAAGACAGCGAUGAUACAGCAGUCAAAAUGGCUAUUCAAGCUUGGAUUCAUCUCUGGGCACCUUCUUUAUUGCAUUGCUUAACAGCUUCUUCUGAAUUAUUACGUAAAAAUAUGAGUGGGUUCUUGUUACAACCAUUGUUUAAAGUUGCACCUCAAUCUUUCUGGUAUAUAGUUUACGCCUUUCAAGACUUGGAACAUCCUUUAUGGACACAACCAAAAGAGAAUUUAGAAAUCAAUCCUGAUUUAAAACUGAAUGCCUUUAUUGCUGUACUCAAAGCAGGUAGAGGUCUUGAUAUUGUAGAUGGUACAACUUAUACAACUAAAACAGUACCCGAAAUAGAUCAAAAGAAAAUCUCUAUCGAAACUCUAAAGCUUGCUAUAUACCAUAGUGACGAUCAAGUGCGUUUAGAUGUACUUGGCUUAAUAUGUGAGUCACGUAAAGCAACAGCUCAAGUAACUACAACAGAGUUAGAUCUUUUGAAACUAUUUAUUCCAUUGAAUAUGAAUUCAACUGCACCUGAAUUCCGUCAACAGAUGUGUGCCCAUUUAAGUAAAAUCUUGACUCGCCUUCGAGGAAAUUUAUACUCUCAAUAUCGUAAUUAUAAAUCACUUCUAAUCUAUGCUGACAAGAAUACAGGUAUAAAGCGUGAAAACGCCUUGUUGGACGCUCAGGAUAUUUUAGUUGAGAUUGAUCAAGCCAAAUCCUUUUUGCAUUGGAUCUGUGAUCAUAUUGCAGAAUCACUUUACCCCGGUGCGUCUUAUCAACGUGUUGCUACGACAUUGCGUAUUUUAAGCAUUGUUAUUAAAAUAUUUGGUGUUACAGAGCUACCCUCUAUUGAAGGAUUUACUGAUGAACAGCCUGAUUUCCCCUUUAAGGUGCCUAUUGCAACACCUCGUCUCUCAAAGCUUUUAGUGGAUGUUCUCAUGAAUCCUUACGAUUUCAAUCGUGUUCAGGCUUUUGAUAUUUUAUGUCAAUUCCCUAGUCCACUUCCUGGUAUUGAAACUAAGAGCGAUGUACAAGACUUGCUUUGGUGGGGGUUAAAUAAUGUCAUAAGCACUCGCGCUGGUGAAAGUGAUAGUGGUGCCAUGAUUUUCCGUUUAAUUUUCACGAAAUAUGUUAUACGUCUUGGAUUUGAUUUGAGCCCAGAGCAGCAUGCUACUCCUGUAACAAAUAAUACAAAAGCUAUGGUGAACACAACUGCUGCUAUUGUUUUUACAGAACGAUUAUUAGAUCUUCUCGAAAAACAAGUCAAUAUUGCUAAAUCCAACCUUUUACUGGCUGCUCAGCAGCAUCCAAUGCAUGGUACAUUACUUGCUCUUCAGUACGUUUUUCAAGAAUUAGAUUAUAAUAGUUCAAGUACAAUAAAAUAUCUUCCCGCUUGGAGGAAAACCCAUGCUCGUACAAUUAGUCUAAUUCAUAUUACCUGUAAUACGGUUAUGCCUGUUUUAUCGGAUGCUUCUCCAGAAGGGAAUGUACCUACUGAUUAUCGAGAAAAUGAAGCAGAAGACGAAGACGAAGACGAAGAUGCAAUUGAUAUGAGCGAUGACAGUACUACAGGCCCUAAGCAUCAAGUUAUUUUAAGUUGUUGUUGGCGUGCUGUUAAGGAAGCAAGCUCACUUCUUCAAGCCAUUAUAUCAAAAGCACCUGUGAGUCCUACCACAGAAGAUGACACAAUUCUUACUUACAAAGACCUUGUUGAAAGUGGCACACUUUUCCGUCAAUUGCUAACUAGCAUUCGACACCGUGGUGCAUUCUCUGCGGUUUAUCCUGCGUAUGUUUCCCUUAAUACGCGUUUACUCACUUCAUGUGACCCAGCCAUUGCACAGCUUCCCUCUCAAUGGCUACAGGAGAACCUAGAUAGCCUUAUAUCUAGUAACAUAUCCAUUACCCGUCGUAGUGCAGGGCUUCCACUUUGCAUUCUUGCUAUCGUUAGCAGUGAACCGUCGGUGAAAAAGGAACUUCUUGCUAAAACAAUGAAAUAUUUGAUGAAACUUGCACACGAUGAGCCUCCCAUUGAUGCAGAUCAAAGAAUUGAUCUUCCUCAAGUUCAUGCGUAUAAUAUUAUGCGUACAAUCUUCAUGGAUUCUAAACUAGGAACUCACGUUUUAGAAUAUGUUUCAAGCGGAUUCUCUCUUGCUAUUAAUGGAUUCUCUUCACAUAGUUGGGCCAUUCGUAAUUGUGCCGUUAUGCUAUUUUCUACAUUACUACAGAGAACAUUUGGUACAAAAAAGACAAGAGAUGAGCAUAGUCGUGAAUUCUUUAUUCGUUUCUCUGAUUUACAUCCUUACCUUUUAAAAGAAUUAAGUACGGCUGUAGAUCAGUUAUUGAAGAAUUCAUUGGCAGCAAGCGUGCAUCCUGGAUUAUAUCCUAUUCUGACGCUUUUAUCUCGAAUGCAACCUUCCACAGAAACAAUCAAUGAGAAGAAGGAAACUGUCCUAACGCCCUUUAUUCCACUAGUUAUGCCUUGUGCUGCAAGUGCUAUUUAUAAGACACGUGAAAUGGCAGCUAGAGCCCUUGUACCACUUGUGCUUGAUGUUGUUACUGUCAUUAAACAAUUGAUGGAAUUUCCUGAACAAAUCACGCAAAAUGAAAUCCAUGGUCGUUUACUUCAAGUUCAGUUCCUUUUACGUGGACAUUUUUACUCUGAAAACUCACCUUAUACUGAAUUUAUCAAUGAUAUGCCUAGUAUUAUGAUUCAUAUGCUUGAUUUAGUAUAUGAAAAGAAAUUUUGCAAUAUCAACAGUGCUCUUUUAUUAAAUAUUAUUGGUGAAUUCUUUUUUGAUACCAAAUGGAUAACAGAAGGUGGAAAAGAUAAAGAAGUGAUUACGGAGCUUAUGGAACUUACUAAGAAUAAGUUUGCUGAUAUUCGAAAAAGAACUAAGAAAUAUUGUUUGGAUGCUAUUAAGGAUGAUCAAAUUUUGGGUAUUGGUUCUUAUUUAGUCAGGGAAAGUAUGGCAAAUAUUAUUGUCAUGAGCACUUUGUAUAAGCCUAAUGCAAAAAUUGAUGAUAUUAUGUUCUUACUUGUGGACCGAGAUUACGAAGUACGCUUCUUGGUUCUACAAAAGCUUUUGAAUUACUUUGAAACGAUCUCUGAAUAUCCUAGUACAAAGCAAUUGCAAUCUUUGCUUGUAGAAAGGACUUAUUAUGGUGAAGAUAGUCUGAAUUGCUAUGUAUUAACCGUUAAACUAUUGAUGGUUAUAAAAUCAACUGAUCCUUAUCCCACUGAUAUCAAAAUGUCUUUCACUUUAAAACAAUAUUGGGAUAGACUUGUUGCUCAAUUUACUGAAAAACGUGCCUUGUCUAUUACUGAAUCUGUCCUUCCAUUGCUAAGUGCUUUACUUUCACAGAUUCUUCGCAAUUCUUCAUCGGAUACUAACUGGAUUCAGCAAUGUCUUGUUAUUUGGAGCAGCUAUAUUGAAAAGUAUAGUAGAAAGGACAUUACAUUACCUCUUCGUGAAGCAGUUGUAAAAUCACUUCACUUUAUUUCUGAGCAAAUAUUUGCUGCCAAUAAUACGUUUGAAAUACAAAACGUUGAAAAUGCUCGUAUUAUAGCUGCAUUAGCUAUUACUCAACUUUUACAAGAUGAUGACGUUGAUGUACGUAAUGAUAUAGCUGCUAUUGUUUCAAGAGCACUUCAUUUGCAAGCACCAGUACAUCAUGACCGAGCUUUAGAAAUUGUUCAUAGAUAUUUAACUACCCAGUUUAGUACAUCUAAAUCACUUGAAUCAAUUUUGAUGACACGCUUAACUGACAAUAGUAAUAUUCUCAAAGGCUCUAUUUGCUAA